AUGGGAAUUAAUUGCUCCGGAUGCUCAUGUGCAAAUAGAGAAAACGAGCUUAAAACUGAGCUUGAAAUACUAGAAAAUCAAACAACUGCAACUGCUAGAAAUAAAAGUAAAGCCAAAUCUGAAAUUCCUCCAGAUUUAUUGUUGAAAUUAAAGAAGUACACUCCAAGGAUCAUAAAAAUUCAAGCCAUGUGGCGUGGCCAUCAAGACAGAAAACUAGUGGCUCAUCUCCGUAAAAAGCAAAGGAUGAAUGGAAAGUACUUUACAGAUGAAGAGUCUCGUGAAACACUAUCAGCAAAACAGUCAGGAAUUCCUGAACGAGAAGAUCGACCUCCUUAUAGAUUUAAAAGCGGAGCUGUAUAUGUAGGCCAGUGGAAAGGAGGAUUCAGAGACGGUUAUGGCAUACAAACGUGGCCAGACGGUGCCAGGUAUGAAGGCCAAUGAAAAGAUAACAAAGCUCAUGGCAAAGGAAAAUUUUGGCAUGUAGACGGAGAUAUAUAUGAUGGAGAAUGAAAAGAUGAUAAAGCUAACGGGAAAGGAACUUACAAGCAAGCUAAUGGCGCAAUGUAUGAAGGUGAAUGAAAAGAUGAUAUUCAAGAUGGAUAUGGGAAGGAAUCUUGGAUUGAUGGAAGCAAGUAUGAAGGAUAUUAUAAAGCAGGCAAAAAGCAUGGAUUUGGGACUUACAUCUGGAAAGAAGGGUCGAAAUAUACUGGGCAAUGAAUUGAUAAUAAAAUUAAUGGGAAAGGAACUUAUACGUGAUAUGAUGGAAGACAAUAUGAAGGAGACUGACUAAACGGAACUAUGCAUGGAAGAGGGGUUUAUGCAUGGAAAGAUGGGAGAAAAUAUGAGGGAGAAUAUCAGAAUGAUAAAAAGCAUGGAUAUGGGAUUUACUUGUGGGUUGAUGGAAGAAAGUAUGAUGGGUAUUGGAAAAAUGGAAAGCAGCAUGGGGAAGGAUGGAUAAUGACACCAGAUGGUACAAGAAGGAAGGGAGAGUGGAAAGAUGGAAAAAGGGUUAGAUGGAUAGAUAUGUAA